GAAAUUUUGCCGCGAUUUAGGCUGUGUCCCCAGUAAGCAAACUGUCAGCGGCCAACUGAGUUAGCGGCGUAUCGGUUUAGUACGCCCUUCCAUAUAUUUCAAAUGGCGUGUUCACAGUUUGCUAGUUUUGCGCUCACUGUACGCAGUUUGCAGCGUUACGCGCGCCGACUAUCUUAGUGAGCGGCCGACUCCCACCAAAACCGGUUCCAGUCGGCGGCGGCGAUUGGUUGUUCGCCGGGCGUAGUGACUCAGUUUGCCGCAAACUGAUUAUUCGGAUAGUUGGAAAAAAGCUAUCAUCGUGUUAGGACGUGUUUUUUUGCAUCGCACCUAACUAAUCUCAACGCACACACACAUCACUGAAAAUCCAAGAUGUCCUUUGAUACGGAAAGGUUCAUUAGUGAAAUACAGAAUAGACCAUGCAUAUGGAACAUGUCGAGUGAAGAAUACAGCAACAGAGUAUUAAAGCAGAGCAAUUGGAAUGAAGUCGCUGAAAUUAUAUACGAUGAUUGGCAAAACUUAGAAGAAAACACUAAACAAAAAAGAAUAAAAGACCUACAAAAAAAAUGGAAGGGUUUGCGCGACUAUCACACCAGAGAAAAAAAUAAGGAUUCCUCAGUCAAAAGCGGAAGUGGCGCAACAAAAAAACGCAAGACACCAUACUUGGACAUGUUACAGUUUUUAAAUGUUUCUAGAGCUAGCAACCAGACAUCUGGCAAUAUUAGCGCCGAGACGUCUAGCGACAGUAGCGCUAUUUUAGAUGAAAAUGAUCACUGUGUUUCAAGAAGACCAAAAAAGAUGACUGUGUUUCAAGAAGCCCUAAUUAACUCGAUGGAAAAAAAAGAGAAAACGAUCCAGAUAUGAACUUUCUACUAAAUAUUUUACCGGAAAUGAAGACAAUGUCCCCAACACAGAAUUUUGAAUUUCGGUUCGAAGUGAUGAAAAUUAUUAAAAAUAUAAAAUAUAGUGUACAUAAUAAUUAUGACGGUGGUAUGAUGCUAACUGGAUGGACGAAUGCCUACCAGUACCCACAUCAGUAUGGCUAUGCGAGUGGAAGCAGCAGUACACCAAAUGUGCAAAACUACCCUCGAAACAGUCCAUCACAUAGCUCUACAGGUUCUUCAGCGGAAAUAGAAGACAUAGAAGCAAUAUUGCGAGGCGAUUCAAACCACACUGAAGAUGAGGAAUGACAGGUUACCAACUUAAUGUUACCAUAUAUGUUCUUAAUUCAAUUUAAAUAAUACAGUAACUUUGAAAAGUGAUUGUUAAAUUAAAAACUAUAAAUGCGAAAGUGACUUUGUAUUACAAUAAAAAUAACAUAUUUUUUUAAAAUCCUAAAGCGUUAAUUAUUUACUUACCUCAAAGUUAUAGUAAGCCGUUCUUCGGGACAUAAUGUAUCUCUUGUGAUAUUAUUUUUAGCUAUGUACUGGGUUAUAGAUUUAAGCAAUUCAUCAAAUGUAUGAGAAGUCAUAUUGAAAUAGUCGUAAAAUUUUCUGGAUGUUUCCUUAGUUCUGGAUAAAGAGUGUGAAAUUGUCCAAUGCUCAACCUUUUCUUGUAUAAUGGGUGAACCCAGUGCUUCCUUUUAUCCUCUUUCAGCGCUUCUAAGAUACCAAUUACUUCAAAAAUAUCCAUCGUGACCAACACAACCACUCCCUUCGUACAACAAAAGUAAAGUGAUAAUUAAGUCGGUCGGCUAAAUAAGCGGCUAACUCUCUCAAGUUUGCUUGCGACGCACGAAAAUUGAUUUGAGUCUGCAGCUAACUCAAAUUUCAGUUCGCUGCAAAUUUGCGGCUCACUCAGUCGGCCGCUGACAGUUUGCUUACUGGGGACACAGCCU